GAAUACUGUGAAAUAAGAGAGGGCCAGGAACAUCCUCCAGAGCUCAUCGUCGGCGAUUCUCAUCGGAUCGUGGUCAUCUCCGGCGACGCCAUGGAUCCCUCCAUCAUGAAGCUCCUCGAGGACGAUGAGGACGAAAGCAUGCACUCGGGGGCGGAUGUGGAUGCGUUCACCGCCGCGCUGAACCGGGACAUCGGAGGCGAUGUUGCAGCUAUCUCGCAUCCUGCUGAUUCGGAUUCUGGGAGCAGCUCUGCGGCAAAGCCAUUGCUUGAACAAUGGCAAUCUUCAAGUCAAGAUGGUAGUCUUGCCCAGCAGGUCCUACAACAAGAUCCAAAACAACAGCCUACUGUGCAAAAUUCAUCAUCUGAGGUGGAGACCAAAGAUCAAGGGUCUGGUGCCAAAGAUAGUGAUAGGCAAAUUGUUAGCCACACGGAGCAUGAUCAGCAGUUGUCAAACCUGGACAAGCCUCCAUCUGAUAAGCAACUAGAGCAAUCUGAAGCAAAUUGUAAUCCUAACACUGAAGGUGACCAGACCAAGAAACCUGAACAAAAUUCUGUUCAAUCUUCAGAGCAGGACAGAGACCCACCAGCUGAGAACCAACAGCAACAUAAAUUUCAAGAGUUAAAUGGUCAACAAACAUUGUCUGCAAACCAAGCGAACAACUCAAUGAGGCGGAUGAAAAUCACACCUACCAUACCAUUUCACAUGUUGAUUCCUAUCUUACGUCCUCAUCUUGAUAAAGAUAGAUCCAUGCAGCUACAGUCAAUAUUUGCUAAACUAAGGAGCAAUGAAGUCAGCAAAGAUGACUUUUUGAGAGUUAUCAGGAAUAUUGUUGGGGAUGAAAUGCUAAGGCAAGCAGCUUUUAAAGUGCAACUACAGCUUCAGGCUCAAGCACAACGAAACUCACAGACAAAUCCAAACCGGCAGUCUCUACAGGCUCCAACAGCUGCUCAGCCUCUUCCAAUUCACGGUCAAAUGCAGGCAGAUUCUAGUUUCCCAGCGCUUGGAAACUCUAGUCAGAAAGCACAAGAAACUGAGAACCAGGCAGAUAGUAAAGGGGUGCAUGCUGGUCCGACAUCUUCCUCAAAUGUUAAUGUGGCCAACCCAGAUAGAGAAAUCCCUAUUAAUGCAUUACAAGCAGCUAACAAACAGCAACAGCACAUGCAACCUCCACAAGCCCCUUUCUCGAUGUAUGGAGGUACAGCAAGCACAUUUCACUCUCUUUCAUAUUCGCGGCCAUCUAUGAGUUCUGCUACUGCUUCCCUGAAGCCACAGACUCAGGAUUCACAAAUAAGGCAAGCACAAGUUUCGCAAGGGAUGGUAUCAACGCAAUUACCCAUGAACUCAAUGAAUAUGCCCAAGUAUGAUAAGCAAAUCAGUGGAAAUGAAUCCAAGAGACCUUUUUCUCAAUUGACAAGCCCAUCAUCAUUGCCCCAAAACUCAGUGGCAUGGCAACCAUCAGCAAGCAAAGACCAGAGGACUAAUGCCUUCCCAUCACUAGCUUUUGUAAAGCAAGAAGUGGAACCAACUGCUGAUCAGCAUAAGUCUCAAUUUUCUGCUCCUGAGAGCUCUUCAUUUGGUUCAGUGCGUGCGGAUGAAGGGAAUUCUGCUACUGUACCUUUGAAGGAAGAAAACAUGGAUAAACAAUCUUCUAGAACAGGUCCUACCGCAGCUACCAGCACCAUCACAAAUCAGAUAUCAGUUCCUAUGUCAGCUCAAGUGGAGCCUGCUAUGCAGAUGCGCAAUCAGAUGUCAUCUGUGACUCCUGUUCUUGCUGGAAGUACCAUGAAAACUCCUACAAAGAAACCUUCUGCUGGACAAAAGAAAACAGUUGAAGCACUAAACACACCCUCACCUGUUGCAAGCAAAAAGCAGAAGACAUCUGGGGCUUUUCAUGACCAAAGCAUUGAACAGCUGAAUGAUGUCACUGCUGUCAGUGGAGUUAACUUGAGGGAAGAGGAAGAACAGUUGUUGUCAGCCCCCAAGGAGGAUAGUCGAGCUUCAGAAGCUACUAGGAGGUUUGUACAAGAGGAAGAAGAAAGGUUGAUUCUGCAGAAGGGCCCUCUUCAGAGAAAAUUAGCGGAUAUCAUCUCAAAGUGUGGUAUAAGUAACAUAGGCGGUGAUGUGGAGCGAUGUUUAUCGCUGUGUGUGGAGGAGCGAUUGCGAGGUGUUGUUAGUAAUUUGAUACGAUUAUCGAAACAGAGGGUUGAUAUUGAGAAGACAAGGCACAGAGUUGUCAUCACAGCAGAUGUUCACCGACAAAUAUUAGCCAUGAAUCAGAAAGCCAAGGAGGAGUGGGACAAGAAACAGGCAGAAGAAGCGGAGAAGUUUCGGAAGCUCAAUCAAGUUGAAGGGAGCACAGGAACUGAUGCAGAUAAGGACAAGGACGAAGGCCGUUCCAAAGCCCUUAAGAUCAAUAAAGAAGAGGAUGACAAAAUGCGAACAACGGCCGCAAAUGUGGCUGCUCGAGCUGCAGUUGGGGGUGAUGAUAUGCUCUCAAAAUGGCAGCUCAUGGCUGAGCAAGCACGGCAGAAGCGUGAAGGACUUGAUGGAGCUUCAGGUUCCCAAACAACUAAAACUGCUACUCGAAAGGCUUUGACCGGAAAAACUUCGAGAGAGCAACAAGAAACUGGAAAGAAAAGCCUCUCUACUGCUUCUAUCCCGGGAGGCAUGAGAAAAAUGGGAAAGAACUCGGCAUUAGCAGCUCAACCAAAGAUUGCACGAAGUAUUACCGUAAAGGAUGUGAUUGCAGUGCUCGAGCGGGAACCGCAAAUGUCCAAGUCAACAUUGAUUUAUCGGCUGUAUGAACGGAUGCCCAAUGAUUCCAUGGUAGAGUAGUCCUCAAGUGAGUAAUUAGACCGGGUUUUCGUAUUCUCCUUACCUGGUGGUUUUCAAACUCUUUAACAUACAGAUCAGGGAAACAUAGAACUAUAGGGAGGAGACAGUAAAGGGUGCUUCUACUAAUUUAUUUUGCUUGUCAUAUCGCUGAAUCCUUGUACAUAUGUUAUGUAUAUGUUUUUUUUUCGUUGAAGGAGCUACAAAGCUAGGAUCACCAUGACAAAGACAUAAAAAAAACAUCAAAACGGCCCAAGGACCCUGACUCAAAAUCAUAAACAAAAAGCCCUGCUAACUGCCUCCUUUGUCAUUUUAUCUAGACGAGUUUUUAUGUA